AUGUGGAGGUUUUUGUUAAUAUUUGGUAAGUUUUUCUAACAAAUUCUGAAAUUUUUCAUUUUUAUUUCAAUUCCAGGGCUUUCGAUCGGAGUUAGUUUUGCACAAACCAUUGAUGAUGAUAUGUUUUAUUUCACAAAUCCAUCGCACGGAAAUGCCGUGUGGAUUUUGGAUGAGUCGAGUUUACCAUGGACAGGCGCAUAUCAAUUUCUUAGGUUAGUACGUCACAUAAUCGAAAGUGUGAUAAUGGCCUUGAAGCUAGCAAGCAGUACUAAAAAGAGAGAAAAUAGAUUUGAAAGAUUAGCCAAAAUGGAACGCAUAUAGGGGGGCAGGUGUAAAAUUUAGAGGAAAUGAAAAGUAACUCUAGCUUUUGGCAUUUGUGUUGGUCAGUCAGUCAGGAAGAGGCGGCUUGGAUUACUCAAAUGACCUCAAUAAUAAUAUAAACAUAAAAAGUUGCACAUUGGCUUUUGUUUAUAUAGAAAUAUUUUGGGAGAAAAGAGAGGGGUCACUUACUUACCUAAGAAUUUGAAUAAAACAAAAAUAAGGGGCCAUCUCUGUUCAGGGGGCAUCUUUAUAUUUAUCAUAAAAAAAUAUAAAAUUUUCUAGAUCGCUGUCUGGUAUGCCUACUGUAUUACUGUCAGUUGUUGACAGUUCAACUGGUGUUACAUUAGGACAAUGUGUUGCGCCACAUGGUAUGUUUUGAAGUUUUCCAAUCGAGCUAUUAGGAAGUUGAAAAAAAAUUUUCAGACGGAAAUCAGACACAACGAUGGCAAAGAUUCCAAUGGCAAUUAUCAAGCAAUGGACUCGAAUGUCGAUUCGAUCAACCACAACCAAUAAAUGUGCAAUUCCCACCAACCAGUAAUCCACGAACAUUUUCGGUUCGAAUUCAAUCAGGUGAGCAAAUCUCCAACAAAAAAAUCAUGUUAGAUGAAUAGAUCAAAGCCAGAUUUGAUUUCAUAUUAUUUGUAUUCAUAUGUAUUUAUAAAUAAACACUGUGUAAUGCAAAACAAGAAAAACGGCAAAAAAAGUUUUUGGUUUUUUUCUUGUUCUUGCGGCGAGAGCUCGCAAGGAUGAAUGGAUAUUUGAUAGGGCAUUGUCGCUGCUUUUUGUUACAUUGGGGAGGAUUUCUAGAAUGUUUGUUUGGAUGUUCGUUUUUGAAAAAGGGAUUUGAUUUUUUUUUCUCUAAAGCAGGGUUCAGGGGGGCUAACCUGGGAGAGCUCAUCGAUUUUUACAGCAUCGGGACCUGCUUGCCUUCGAGAAAUGACUGUUCAAAAUGAGCAACCAGUUGGAUGUCCGCCACAUUUAUCACGCAAUUCAUUCACUGCUAUUUCACUCAACUGCUCUUGCCCAUACCUCGAAGGUGCCGCGACCAAUGAAGACUCUGAAAAUGGUGAGCACAUUAAACUUGAUUCAAUUGAUCUUGAAAAUAAGUCCAUAGAAAUUUGAAGUGUUGAGUAUAACAAUACAAUCGUUUUUGCAGAGAAUGAGGAUGUUGAUAUGCUUGCCAAUACACCGCAAUUCCCAAUUUUCAAGGGAAUCGAAGAAGCGCCAACCACCCAAUGGACACUUUCACCUUCACCAUGUGCUGGACACGAUUGUCUCAAUAAUGGAACUUGUCUAGUUGCGCAAGACGGUAAACCGACUUGUUUGUGUCGAAACGGUUUCAGUGGUGAUCGUUGUGAAAGCGACGUUUGCUCUUCAGUGCCGUGUCAAAAUGGCGGAGUUUGUCGAUCGAAUGGUGGCAUCGCUUAUUGUGAAUGCCCGCCAAGUUUCAGUGGAUUGUUAUGUGAAUCGGUUCGUGUUUUUUUCUUUCUUUAAACUUCAUAUUUAUUCGUGUUUCAAUUUUUGUGUUUGUGCAUUAUAUGCUAUGCAUAAUUUACACCAAGUUUUUGAAUAGAAAACAACAAACAAACAAGACUUGUUUACAGACUGCCGAAAUCGAAUCGACGGGUCCAAAAUGCACACCAGAAUGUUCGAACGGUCAAUGCUUGAUGAAAAACGGUCAACCGGAAUGCGAAUGUCGACAAGGCUUCACUGGCGCCAAUUGUAAUGUUCUCGACGUAUGCCUUGGGUAGGUUAAGUGUCACAGAAAAUAGAGCUCACGCAUUAGUAUAAUUAUUUGUUUUAAUUUUCUUAUUUGAACUGAACUGUCAAAAAAUUGUGUGUGUGUGCGUGCGCUUGAGCCUUGCCUGGUCACUUUUGUUUGUAUCCAUUGGAGAGGGGGGAGAGGAAGACGCGUCGAGAUUUUGACAAUCCACACACGACUUUUGGAAUUUGUAUUCUUUUUCGAGUGGUCAUAAGAGAUGAUAAUUUUGGAAUUUUUGAGAUUGUAGAUCAAAGAUUUUUUAUUUGGAAUAGGAACUAGAACUUUGAAAUUGAAAGAAGGGAAGAAUUUUUGAGGAAAUGAUUCUUUGAUAUUUUUUAGAACAAUUUUUUCUCAACAUUUUUCAUUCUGCUUGCUCUCAAAGUAUUGUUUUAUUCAAAAAUAUUUUCACAUAAUUUGAGCAAACUCUAGAUUUUUUGAUUUAUUCCACUGAAAUUCAACUCUCCCUUUUCAACAUAAUUCAUCAUGAUCUAAUAUUCAUUUCAUUUCAAACAUUAGGUUUUUGUGCUAAUUCUCCGUUCGGCGCAUAACAAAAAAAGGCGAGCAAGCAAAUGCUCAUUUCUCGCGAGCACCCAGAGAAAAAUAUAUGCAAACAUUUCGUGAAGAAAAAUGAAGAAGACGGUCACUUUUCUGUUUGUUUUCUCAUUUCGACACCACACCAGAAAGAAGAAAAAAAAGUUUUUGUUGUGUGUGUGUAUGUGUUUCGAAAUGCUGCUGCUUCUAAGAAUAGGGCGCGGCCGACGGUCUGUUUUUUUCUUCUUUCUGGAGAGAUGAUCGGAUUAAUUAGACUGAUUAUCGGUUAAAAAGACGAUGGAAAAUAGGUGAAAAUCGAGAAGGAAUCGUGACAUUAAAGAGGAACAACAAAACAAAAUAGAUAAUUUUCAGGGAUGCUGCUUGUUCAAUGUUUGGACCAAAUGCAAAAUGUGUUUUGGAUGAGAAUAUGGAUAAAUUGGAGAGUUCGACAUUAGUCAAUGGAACUUAUGAUUGUUUAUGCCCACAUCCAGUUAACGGACGUUAGUAAAACCCGAUUAAUUAACUGCUCAAUUAAUCAAUAAGAAAUAUUUUCAGAAUUUGUUGAUUGUAUGCAACUUCACGCUCCAACUGCGGCUGUUACUCCAUCAUUCCCAGUUUUGGAAAUCUCCAAACUUCCAAUCGGUUUGAUUUUGAUUUGAUAAGAAAAUUAUUGUAUCUUUUGAUCAUUUUUUUGUAGGACAAACAACUUUGACCACACCCAAUGUUGAAACUACACAACAACAACAACAAAAUGUGCAAACUGAGGGUGGACAAACUGGUAAGAUACAUUUUAAGCUGUCAAAAAUGAAUAUAUAACAAAUUUCAGUUGGAUUUACUGUCACUCGCGAGCCAAUGAGACCGGUAGAAAUUACAAUGAGCACAACACUUCCACCACCAUUCCAACAACAUAUUAUUACCGCUGGAGAACGUGGAUGGACUUCCCAACAACCAACUGUUGAGAAUAAGGUUAGAUUUUUUCAUUUUUGAGAUUUUGAAAAUUGAAAAUAUCUGAAAUUUUGAGAGAAAUCAUCUAAAAAAAAAUCCAAAACAAAAUACAAUAUUACAAAAUUUCCAGAUCCCAACCCAAACCACAUUUGUCUUCCCACAAACCCCUGAAACCACAACAACAAUCGAAUUUGAAACAACAUCUGAAGAAGCAACCGAAGAAACUCCAAAAGUCAAAUUUGUCUCGCCAGUUGUACCAGAUGCGGCUGAAGAAGAAGAGGAGGAGGAAGAAGUUGGAGAUGAAGAAACAUCAGAAACAUUCCCAACACCAAGCACAAUGACAACUGAUGAAGAAGUCUCGACAUCUCAAGAACUUGCCUCAACAACAAUUGUUACCACAACAGAAGAGGAAGAAGUUGAAGAAUCUGAAGAAACAGUUCCAUCGACAAUUCCAACAACACCAUCCACAACAGUUAGCACAACUACAACAACAACAACACAAGCUCCAACUACAACAACUGAAAGAGAAAUCGAAACAACUCAACAAGAAGUGACCGAUGAAGAAGAGGAAGAAGAAAUGGAAGUUGAGACAACUAAAACAAGUUUGCCAUUCUGGAUGACAUCGAGCACAACACAACCAACACCAAUGCCAGAAGAAGAACAGGAAGAGGAACAUGAAGAAAUUGAAACUAGCACUGAAAAUGUUAUCAAUCCAGUUGAAGAAAGCGACGAGUUGACUACAGGUGACCUUUUUUUGAAAUCUUUAAAAUCAAAAAAAUAUAUUUCAGCAUCAAAUGAAGUUGUACCAAACAAAAACAAUGUUGAAUUAUCAACACCUUCGGAUGUUAUUCAUCAUACUCAUAAUGGAAAACAAUCCAGUGCCGCUGCAAGUUGGAUUAUUGCCAUUAUUGCAUUGAUUGGUGAGUUUUGAUUAUGAAGUUCCCAGAAACCUAGAGAAUUUCAAGAAAAACGGUUUCUCAAAAACUCUAAACUUGCGGAAUUCUUUUGAAGAAAAAUAAUCUUUUGAAAUUAUUGGUUUUAAUUUUUCUGAACACAAUCAAGAUCCCGUUUCAAGUUUUCAGAAAAAUUUUUUCAUCUUCAAAUUCAUUUCUAAUUGUUUUUUGCAGUGCUUGGAUUACUAUUGUUGGCGACAAGUCUAUUCAUCCUCCGAUACAUUCGUCAAUCACGAAAACUGCACGGAAAAUACAAUCCAGCUCGAGAAGAGCACAAUCUAUCGGCUGCCUACGCGAUGCCAAUGUCACAUAUUGCAAAAGAAGAGAGACUCAUCUAG